AUGGCCUCAACUGCGGGUAUCAAAACACGCAUCUGCAUGAUCUCAGACACUCACACCACCAGUCCCUACUCGUCAUCAGAAAAGGACCAUGCCUACCGCAAUCCCCUCCCAGAAGCCGACAUUCUCCUCCAUUCCGGCGAUCUCACAAAAGUCGGCUACCGCACCGAACACGAAGAAACAAUCUCAAUGCUCAAAGCCGCGCCCGCCGAACUAAAGCUCGUUAUAGCAGGAAAUCACGACAUCACCUUAGACGAAGAAUACUUCCUCCGCACCGGCUACAAAAAGCACCGUAAAACAGCAUACUUCGGCGCAAAAAACAUCCCACUCCAUGAAGACGAGAAAACCCGCCUCGAAUCUGCCCGCGCCGCAGGAAUCAGAUAUCUAGAUGAAGGAAUCCACACAUUCACGCUAAGCUCUGGAGCAAAAUUCACCGUCUACGCCUCACCCUAUCAACCCGAGUUCUGUAACUGGGCGUUUGCAUACGAUCGCAAUGAAGACCGCUUCAAUGUCCCCGCGCCGGGGUCUACGGCCCCAAUUCCUGCAAAUCCGGUCCCGGAUUUCCCAAGUAUCGAUAUUAUGAUCACUCAUGGCCCGCCGGCCGGGGUUCUGGACCGGGUAGGUGAUGAUCGUAAACGAUCGGAGCACGUUGGGUGCGAAAGCCUGAUGCGCGCGGCUGAGCGCGCAAGACCCAGACUUUAUCUUUUUGGUCAUAUUCAUGAAGGAUGGGGGGCAGUGCGGGGGACUUAUGACGGAACGAAAGCCCCUGAGGAGGAUAGCAAGGAAAGUGGCAGUGCUAGUUGUGUUGGUGUCAAGGUCAAGCAGGAAAAGAUCCCCGUUGACGAGAAAGACAUGCUCGAAAAACGAGGCGUUUAUCUUGAUGUUAGUUCUGAGGGUCAGCGACCGCUUGCUUUUGGGGAUGAGACUCUUUUUGUCAAUGCUAGUAUUGUAGAUGUUUAUUAUCGGCCGGUCAAUGCGCCCUGGGUGGUUGAUUUGGAUUUGCCAAGGGGAUGA